ACUAUUUUUUUUUGUUUCCAUUGCACCGCGUGAAUUUGCUCUGUCGCGUACAACUGCAUAGCUGGAAGCAAGGCCAAUUAAAAAAUGGCAUACAAGCAAUGGAAUUUUGAUAUCGAUCGUUACAUCAAUCCGCUGGUGCCGCCGCCACCAUGGCAUUAUCUCCCUUACCCCGUCGCCCGAUUCUUCGGUUAUCGCAAAGAUAAGCCGGCGCCUACGGGCAACUUGAUGCCUACAUUCUGGGCAUUCAUCGGUGUAUUCUGUGCACUUGUCAUUAUCGAGGUUGUCUCGGUCCGCAUCCCUGGUUUCAUUGCCAACCAUGCCCCCAUGAUUGUUGGCAGCAUGGGUGCAACGGCUGUCCUGGAAUUCUACGCUAUUGAUUCGCCGCUGGCUCAGCCGAGGAAUGCCUUUUUUGGUCAGCUCAUCGCCGCUUUUGUUGGCGCUGCCGUGGCGAAGCUGUUCCAACUCAGCGACAACUUUACCGAAAUCCAAUACCUUGGCGGUGCUCUGUCUUGCGCAUGCACUGUCGCUAUCAUGGCUCUUACAAAGACGGUUCACCCACCAGCGGGAGCUACUGCGCUUCUGGCUGUUGUAGAUGACCGCCUGGUGCGUGCUGGCUGGUUCUUGAUUCCCGUCAUGAUCUUGGCCGUCAGUAUCAUGCUGGCAGUUGCCUUGAUUGUGAACAACAUUGAACGACGCUUCCCUGUCUACUGGUGGACGCCAGCCGACCUGAAAAAGACCAAGCCUGCUACUAAUGAGCAGGAAAAAGCAGAGAAUGGAGCAGCCAAGGGCCCUGAUGCCGCUGGUGCGGACGUUUCUGGAUCACAGACCUCACCGGAAAAGGAGAGAAGUGAAGAUGUGGAGCACCAAGAACAUCAACUCAGUGAAGCCAUUGUUCGCCCCGGACUGGUCGUUCUCCCCAAGGAUAUGCACCUGACAGAAGAGGAGAAGCAGUUUCUCGAGGCGCUCAGCAAACGGCUAUAGUGGCGAGAAGCCACCUUCAACACACCGCUUAUAAUGUAAAUAUGUAAUUAUCGCCACUAAUAUAAUACAACCUGUACAACACAAU